UGGCGAGAGCUGUCGACGUAGGAAGCCCAGAGACGCCAAAAAGCUUCCAGCUUUGUUGUAUUGAGAUUGAGAUUUUGAUUUGUGAUACGAGGAUUAAGCAGCAUCAUUAGCAUGGCUCCGAGGACUUUGAUUCUUCGCCGGCUGACGGCGCACUUUGCCGGUCGAAUCAGGCAGAACCAGAGGCUUCUCACCUCUCAUUUUUAUUCCUCUUCGGCUUUGCAAGAAUCACAAGGCCCCUCUUCUUCUUCUGAACCCAACUUGGACGGCGUUCACAUGACCGACACUUGUAUUCAGAAAAUGAAACAAUUGAAAGCCAGUGAAGAGCAGGAAAAGAUGCUCCGAUUGAGUGUAGAAACAGGUGGAUGUUCUGGGUUCCAGUAUGUUUUUGAUCUGGUGGAUGACAAGACCAAUCCAGAUGACAGAGUGUUCGAGAAAGAAGGUGUAAAAUUGGUGGUCGACAAUAUUUCGUAUGAUUUUUUGAAAGGAGCAACCGUUGAUUAUGUUGAAGAGCUGAUCCGUUCUGCUUUCCAAGUGACAGAAAAUCCAAGUGCAGUCCAGGGUUGCAGUUGUAAAAGUUCUUUUAUGGUGAAAUUAUAGACUUGUACCAUUAUGCUGAGAGGACUGAACUAGAUUCAGCGGAAAUCAAUUUUUGAAAUAAUGAUUAUUUUGACUACACUGAAUACAGUUUUUUGACA